UCAAAAUAAAUAAAAAAGGAAUAUUAUAAUAUUAUAUUCUACCAGUUUCAUUUGCUAUGUAUGACUUGAGUCUUCAGCAUUAAAAGCUCGAACUUUGGGUUUCAUUGAUCGUGAUUUGGUGAAAAGUUGAUAACUUCAAUUCAAGAAUAGCAACUAUUUCGCUUCUUAGAUUCUGGGUCCAAUCAAAUGAGGAAGCGUCAGAUCGUGAAGCAUUCAAUAGCUCUUGUAACCAUGCUGGUAUGUGUUUGCUGCCUUUUGAUUCUGAUCGUGACAGUUCUUAAGCUUCCAGAUGCACAAACCAAGAACAACGAAAUGGGGUUUCAGUUUAACCCAAAAAUCAGGUCCAGAAAAGUGUCCCUGCAAGGUGUUAGCUUGGGCAAGUUUGGUGAAAUGAUGGUGGACAUGUUGCCUCAAGAUCUUGCUUUCACUGUGUUUGUUCCUUCUGAGGAAGCUUUCAAGCGUGAUCUGCAUCUGCGGGUGAAUGAUAGCUUGAAGUCUGACAGGUUCAAUGAUACAUAUGCAAUUGUUUCUCGUGUAUUGGGAUUCUCAGCUGUGUCUCGUGCACUUUCUUCUGAUACUGUGCGUUUUGGUGAGCUUGUGUCGUAUGAUUCUGUGUCUGGGUUUCCCUUGUACAUUGCAAAAGAUAUCGAUGGGAUGCUUGUUGUUAAUAGGAUUCGAUCAGAAAUAGUAGAUGUUAGGAAGAAGGAGAUUGUUGUUCAUGUCAUUGAUGGGGUUAUUAUGGAUGCUGAUUUUGAGCAAUCGGUUCUAUCUGAUGAUACAGAGGAGGAGGAUUGAUUGAUAUUCAGGUUUUGAUCUUCGAUUUUGGCUUUACAACUUGUAUUCAACUGAGGUAUAGAUAUAUAGUCUUCACACUUGGACAUGUAAAUGUAACAACUUCUGUAUUUCUUUUUUCUUUGUCAAAGGUUUUCAUUUUCCCUUUGCAGAGGGAUAUAUAACAGUAUAAGUAUAUUCACUUGAUAGAA